CCAGGCCUUUUAAUGACCCUGAGUGUGUGAGUGUGUGUGUGUAUGUGUGUGUGUGUGUGUGUGUGGCAGGAGCUAGAAUGGAGUGUCUGUUGUGUAAGUUGUGAGUCAUGACACUGGUGACGAUGUCAAGACGUCACACACACACACACACACACACACACACACACACACUCACCUCUCCAUAACGGACGGACGUGGCAUCUCACAGCACAGGGAUGGAGGAAAAGAGGUGAGCAAGUCUCUGUGUUUCAGAAGCUUCUCUGGUCACAAAUGGGUGCCAUUACUUACUGUUAGACUGGAGAAUAAUGAGUAGCAGAGGAGAAGUUGUUGGAAAUCUUCAACUUUUACCACCAAGUGACUCUGGAGACCGGAGAGCAACUAAAAUGCCGGGAUACGUUCUUGAUAUUAUUAAUUCUCCAUGACGAUCUCAGUGGAAGGAUGUUCUUCAGUGUUCUUCAGGAUGCUGAAAACUAAACAUAGAUCACAUUCUGUGGAAUCACCUGCCUGACUUCUUCACCUCUUUAUCCUAUCUCCUGAUCUUCUUAAACACUACUCCUCAGAUAAUUUGUUGCAUUACGGAGCUAUUUAUCUUUUCACGCUGGCAAUCUUUUUUCUAGAUUUACCUGACGUAAUGGAACUCUUUUCUAAUGUUCUCCUGCUGUUCUUUACCCGCAUGUAAGUUUUUGUACCACAUGUUUAACAUUUAAAACAAAGCAGAAGCACACUGCUCAGCAGCAGUUAUUAUCAUCCUGGGAGAGUUCCAUCAGUCUCCAUCUCCGGUUCCUCAGCAUGUUGUAGAGUUCCUGAAGCUCUGCUAGAUCCUGAAGCUCUGCUAGAUCCUGAAGCUCUGCUAGAUCCCGUCUCCGGUUCCUCAGCAUGUUGUAGAGUUCCUGAAGCUCUGCUAGAUCCUGAAGCUCUGCUAGAUCCUGUCUCCGGUUCCUCAGCCUGUUCUGGGCAGGGUGGUGAUGACCUGGCCAUGAUGGUGGUGACUCAGUUAGAACUGGAGCUCUGUUACCAAGGCAAGAAGCUGCGAGGUUUCACCUGUAAACUGACCCGAUCUGCACACGGCUUCCUGCCUGAGAGCUCGUACCUGAUCGCCGCUCAGGUGGUGCUGCCGUACCUGGUGUCCGGACUCGGAAUGGUGGCAGCCGGAAUGCUCAUGGACAUCGUUCAACACUGGGAUGUGUUUAAAGUGAUCACUGAGGUGUUUAUCCUGGUUCCUGCUCUCGUCGGUCUGAAGGGGAAUCUGGAGAUGACGCUGGCGUCUCGGCUCUCCACUGCUGCCAACACGGGGCAGAUGGAUGAUCCUAAACAGCAGUGGUUGAUGGUGUGCAGUAAUCUGGCACUAAUACAGGUCCAGGCCACGGUGGUGGGGUUCUUGGCAGCGCUGGCAGCGGUAGCUCUGGGCGCCAUGUCGAGAGGAGGAGUGGAGCUGGAGCAGGCGGCUGUGCUGUGUGCGAGCAGUGUGACCACCGCCUUCAUCGCUGCACUCUCCUUAGGUUUGGUGAUGGUGGGAGUGAUUAUCGGCUCCCGGAAGGUGGGCAUUAACCCUGAUAACGUGGCCACGCCCAUCGCCGCCAGUCUGGGGGAUUUAAUCACACUGUCACUGCUGGCAGGAAUCAGCAGCACACUCUACCACUACAGAGAUGUGUGGUACGUGUCUCCGUUGGUGUGUGUGUUCUUCCUCUCUCUGAUUCCUCUGUGGGUUUUCGUGGCUCGUCGCAGUGUUCAGAUCAGAGAGGUGCUGCGCUCGGGGUGGCAACCUGUUAUAGUGGCCAUGUCCAUCAGCAGCUUUGGAGGUCUGAUUCUGGACAGAACCGUCAGUGACCCAAACUUUGAGGGCAUGGCUGUGUUUACUCCCGUCAUUAACGGUGUGGGCGGGAACCUGGUGGCCAUCCAGGCGAGCAGAAUCUCCACCUACCUGCACUCCUGGAGCGUUCCUGGAGUUCUGCCCUAUAAGAUGAGACAGCACUGGCCCAACCCCUGCGUCUCCUUCUUCUCUACAGGAGUGAACUCUAAAUCUGCCCGUGUCCUGUUCCUCCUCGUGGUCCCGGGACACCUCGUCUUCCUCUUCACCAUCAAAACAUUACAGGGAGGCCACGCCCCCAUCACCCCGUCCUUCAUCUGCUGCUAUCUGUGUGCUGCACUGAUACAGGUGGCGCUGUUGCUCUACACGGCGGAUGUGAUGGUGAGGUUCAUGUGGAGGAGAGGUCUGGACCCGGAUAACUUCUCCAUCCCGUACCUCACCGCUCUGGGGGAUCUGCUGGGAACCAGCCUGCUCGCGCUCUGCUUCCACCUCGUGUUCCUCCUGCAGGGACUCGGACUGUGAUUAGACCGUCCGCUCCUCCUCCUCCUCACACUGACUGGGAACUCCACAGGAACUCUACAGGAACCUGACUGCAGUGCAGGUUUAAUAACGGGGUCGAACGCAGAUCAGGGCUCAGGUGGAGUACAGAACUGUUCUCACUGUGAGCUUAAAGCUACGGUAGGGUCCAGAAGAAUCCAUCACCAUCAAGCGCUGCUUUCAUUUGUAUUUGAAUUGAUGAUUUAUGAAACACAGAGAUUCUCCUCACUGACUGAAAAUGUGAAGGUUUUAUUGAGUAAAGGAAGGAACAAUAACGGCGUGAAUAAUUAACACCGUGUGUUGGAGUUUAAACCAACACCAAGCCCUCACCGUGGUUCGUUCGUUCCUGUAAAAUGAGUUUUUCUGUAUUUCUAAUAUUUAUAUAAUCGCCAUCUCAUGGUUCUGGAUCUUUCUACAUUUUCCCUUUUUUUCUGACCCAGAAAUUAGCCCCACCCAAACCCUGUGAGCAUAACCCCACCCCUUUUUCUUAAAACCAACUCUCAAUUCGUUUACUGGAAAGUGUUUACAUUAGUAGUCCUCACAGGCAGCAGAGGGCGCUGCAGAUUACACACUGCUCCUUUAAUCCCUUUAUUAUUGAGUAAUUAAUAUUGAUUAAAUAAAAACAGUUGGUGGAUUCUGAUAUUUUAUACAACUGCCAGUUCUGUGGGCAUUUCCUCAUGUGGCCUCGUGGUUGAUGACACACACACACACACACACACACACACACACACACACACACCCCCGUGUCGUGGUGUUGAUUAUUAUGUGGAACAGAAGGCGAUGACAGUUCCUGUGGAGGAUUUGAAGUGAACUCGGUAAUAAAUGUGCUGCAGAUUUGGAGCUGAACCUCCCCUGGAUUUGAUUACAGAAAUCUUCUGAUGGAAGAACUGCGGGUCUGCUGCAGACAAAACACCGCUAUUUAUAUUAAAAAAUAACUCUGAUAACUCUGCACAGCUGUGUGUGUGUAAACGGUACACUGUGUGUGUAAAACACUUUCACUUCCAGAUGUUUACAUGGUUUGUCUGCACAAAAAGCAUUACUGUAUUCAUUUAUGAUUAAUGUCAUCAAUCUGGAGAGACACAGUUCCUCCCGCUGGAAUAAUCACUCAAAUAAACUGUAAACAAACCCCCGCGCUCUGUGUCUUCACCUCCACCGUCACCAUCACCUCCACCUUCAC